CGAAACUGGUUUUAUAAAGAAAAAAUAAAAUGGCGUCUAACUUAAAAACUUCGCAACAAAAGGGAUCAGACGUAUUUUACGAAGUAUGUUGUUCUGUUUGCGACGAGGAUGGCAUAAAUAAUGAAGGACUGUUUCACUGUAAAAUAUGUUUAAAAACAUACUGCGACGACUGUGUGAAAAUGCACAAAAAACUACUUAAGGAUCAUGCGGUGUCAGCGAAAUCUGAUGGUGAUAGCUGGUAUGUUGCGAACAAAGUGGACGAUACUAUAGAGUUAUGUGAGGAGCACACGACUGAGAAACUAACGAUGUUCUGUGAAGAUCAUGAACAGUUGCUAUGUAAUUUAUGUCUCCUGCUAAAUCACAGGCAAUGCAGUAGGGUGUUUACAUUGGCUGAACAGGCCAAAUCAAACUCACAACGUAUACCCCUUGUUCAAGUGUCGAAAGGAAUAGAAAAGUCGCAGAAGCGUUUAAAGGAUAUGGUGGACAGAGGAAAAGAUAACAUAAAAUCACUUAAAGCUUCUUACGAACAAAUUUGUGAAGAAAUACUUGAUGAACGUCGACAGAUCAACGAGAAUCUCGACCGACUUCAGCAAAACACCAUAAGAGAAUUGGAAUCAAUUUACGAGCGCUUAAAUAAUUCCAUUGAAGAUGACACCAAGCGAUGCUUAGAAUGUAUUUCAAAGUUAAAGAUAUAUGGCGCUAAGCUCAAAGACAAUAUUCUACCUGAACGAACGUUUAUGACGUUAAGAAAAUGUAUUGAUCAAACUACUGCAGCAGAUUCACUCCUAAAAAGCAUGAUCAAGAAUGAUGGAACUGAUAUUAAAUUCCAGCCUAACCGUGAAUUGAUUCAAUGUCAUGCAGACUGCACUGAUCUUGGGAAAAUCAUCAUAGGCGAUCCACAACAUAACGUUGAUCCAAACAAGAUUGUCAGCAUCGAGGACAAGUCAGAAUAUAAUGUUCAAACAGCUACUGAUAAAUACCCAUGUGCGAUUACGGGUAUAUGUACGACUUCCAACGGGGAUCUCGUCAUUGCUGACUAUUACAAUCAUUGUGUGAAACUCCUAAAUCAGGCGUACAAGGUGAUUGAUCAAGUUCAGCUUCCGACUACUCCGAGGUCCAUGUGUAGCAUUUCCUCCUUCGAAAUGGCGGUGACUGUAAGCAAACGUAAAGGGAUUUAUUUCCUACGGGUAGAUGGCGGAAAGAUUAUACGAGAACAGGUUCUAAAAAUGAAUCAUGACUGUCAUGGAAUUGCGCAUGUCGAUGCAGAAGUGUUUGUGACUUCCGUUGCAGGUGUUUGGGUGAGUCCUGAUGGGAAGAUGAUCUAUGUGACGGGAAUUAAUGGCAUGCUUCGCACGCUGACCAGGGAUGGAACAGUCACAGCUACGUUCCAGGAUCCCGCAUUCAAAUAUGGCAUGAUUACAGCUUACAUACAUGUGGCAGCCAGAGGGCAGGUUUUCGUCUGUGGUGACAACUCCAUAAGUCAAGUGGAUACAGUCGGCAAGACAAUCCUCAAUACCAUCUCUGUUGACAUUGCAAAACCUGCAUCUGUCUACUUUAAUGAAGAAACGAGAAAACUAAUAGUUGGAUUUUGGAGCCACGACAACAUCAAUGAGUUCAAAACAAAAACAGUUCCGACUUUUUAA